AUGGAUGUAUCUCCUAAUUAUAAAAAUAUAUGGCCUCUCAUCAUUAAAGUAUUUCCAGUUUUAGAUGAUUUGAACACAUUGUGCCCUUCUGGGGAAGAAGUGGUUCUUAAAAAUGAAUUUAAUCAAAUUAUAGAUUAUAUGAAAACUACUCCUAUAGAAGAAACAAUCCAAGAUUUUAUCGUGAGUAAAAUUGAGAAACGACUAAGGGAUGAAGUGGUGCCAGAGUUUUGGUCAUACUUCAAAAAAUCAGAGAAUGACAAUAGGGGAUUCAAGCAGUUUUAUAAUGCCGUAAAAUCUCUUUAUGAUAACUACAGAUACCUGGACAAUGUAAUGAGCAAACUAGAAAUGUUAAGGCAAGCAACUCAUUUGGAUAAAUCCAUCUAUAAUGAAAAAUCUGUUGAGGAUUCUUUAAAGCUUAUUUUAAAGUCCACUUUGCUGUCUCAGUUGCAUGUAAAUUACCAAUUGGUCACCAGCAAUUUUUACCUAACAGCCUUAAGAAUGGAAGAUGUUGAAGAAAACAAUCCAGGAGGUACAUGUAUUAUCUGUGUACAGGAUAGCUUUCAUUGCAAUUGUUUGCACUUGUUUCAAGAAACAAACAGGAAACUGGGAGAUAUGACUCUUCUGGAGCCUUUGGUUGGUCAAACUUUAACAAAUUUAAGUUACACAUACAUUUAUUCACAUAUUCAAAAAGUUUGUAAAGAUAACUUUGAUUUAUCAUUCAUUACUUCCUUAGAGAAGUGGCUUCAGUCAGUAGUAAUCCUAUGGUUGAAAAAAAUUUACUACUUAGAUAGAUCCAUCACCUUGAAUGAGUCAAUAGAAACAUUAGAAAAGAAAUUAAUAAAUUAUUUAUACAACAGCUACAUCAGAGUCAGGAUAGACCAGUUAUUUAACAUUAUAAUAGAAUUUCCAGAAUCUUUACCUGCUUUGCAAGAUAUUCGCUUUUGCCUGCCUCGAACAGAUCUAAAAUCUCUUUUAAUAAAAAAGUUACAAAAAGCUAUGGAAACAAGACUGCUACACCCAGGUGUGAGUACGGCAGAUGUGCUUACAGCGUAUGUCGCUACUAUUCGAUCACUAAGAGUAUUGGAUCCUUCGGGAUUGUUGUUGGAAAUGGUAACUCAACCAAUUCAUCAAUAUCUAAGAAGCCGCGAAGAUACAGUCAGGUGUGUUGUAAGCAGUUUAACUGAAGAGGGACCUAACGAUUUAGCAGAAGAACUCAAUCGAGAGGAGGCAGUUUUGAUCAAUGAAAAUGUACUAUUAGAUGAAGACUCUGACAACUGGGAAAUGUGGAUGCCUGAUCCAAUCGAUGCAGUAGCAAACAAAAAAACUAAAGAUACUCAAAUAAAUCCCCGCACAGCUGAUAUAAUAUCAAUGUUGGUAAGCAUUUAUGGCAGCAAAGAACUUUUCGUUAACGAGUAUAGAACUUUGUUGGCCGAUCGGCUUUUAUCUCAGUAUUCAUGUGAUACUGAAAAGGAGAUACGAUAUCUAGAACUUCUAAAAUUGCGUUUCGGUGAUAUGCAUUUGCAUUUCUGCGAGGUUAUGUUAAAAGAUGUUGGUGACUCAAAGCGAAUCAACCAAAGAAUAAAGCAAGACGCUGAAUAUAAAGAAGAAAAUAUACCCUUGUGCGCAAUGAUAGUGUCGCAACAAUUCUGGCCCCCAUUCAAAGAUGAAAAGCUGGAGCUGCACGAGAAAGUGAUACAUCAAAUGAAUACAUUUACAAAUGCCUUUGAAGCGUUAAAGGGAAGCAGAACUUUGCACUGGAAGAAUAAUUUAGGCAUAGUCAACUUAGAGAUCGAGUUAAACAACAGGACAUUAAAUUUGUCAGUAUCCCCGGUUCAUGCAACAAUUAUAAUGCAUUUCCAAGAUAAAAAUACCUGGGAUGUUGAAGAGCUCAGUAAAGAGAUGCGGUGCCCUCCUACGAUAUUGCGGCGCAAAAUAGGUCUCUGGUUGUCGCACGGGGUCUUAAUAGAGACAGAGCCCGGCGUUUUUUGCGUUCAAGAGGAGGUUGAGGAGAGACACCACACCCAAGACGAUUUUUACGUGGAGGAGUAUGAAUCUGAAUCGGCCAUGGCGAGUGCGCAAGACCAAAAAGAAGAAGAAUUGCAGAAUAUAUGGUCGUAUAUAAUGGGAAUGCUGAUGAAUUUGGAUAGCUUGCCCCUGGAAAGGAUUCACCACAUGUUGAAAAUGUUUGCUUUUCAAGGACCCACCACAGAGUGUAGUCAGUCUGAAUUGAAAGUAUUCUUAGAUAGGAAGGUUCGAGAGAGACAGCUAAUUUAUUCAAACGGAUUAUACAAACUUCCAAAAUGAAUUACUGUAGUUGAGUUUUCAAAAAAUUGUUUAUGUGGUGCCAUGUAUAUUAUUUUUUGAGGGUGUGACACCCCUGUGCUUGCGACGGGUACACGCCAACCUACACCUAAUAAAAGAACUAAAGUA